CGAACAAGUAUGAUGUAACAUUUGUUUGAGCUCGUCCUCUCUUUCUUUCAUAUCCGUCUCUCCUCUUUUAUUCUCCUCUUCCAAUUUUGAGCUCUUCUUCGUAACCAACAACAGAUACAACGAGAAAAGCUUCUCAACCUUAAGUUAAUUUUCUUUAAUGGAUACCAAUAAUUGGAGGCCGACUGCACAAGGGGGCGAACCUGCAGUCGAUACAGGUGAUUGGAGAGCAACUUUGCAGCCUGAUUCGCGGCAGAGAAUUGUCAACAAAAUAAUGGAGACAUUGAAAAGACAUCUUCCAUUUUCUGGUCAAGAGGGACUAGAAGAACUCAAGAAAAUUGCUGUGCGAUUUGAGGAGAAAAUUUAUACUGCUGCCACAAGUCAGUCUGACUAUCUACGGAAAAUAUCACUGAAGAUGCUUACGAUGGAGUCCAAGUCUCAAAAUAACGUGCCCAAUUCUGUGCCACCCAACCCAUUUGGAAAUAACAACAGACCCCCAGAUCCAGGAGCAUCUCAGAGUAUGCAGCCUCAAGUUCACAAUCAAGGGCAGUCACUUCCUGUUCCCUUGUCAGCUAAUCAGACUCAAACACGUCAGCAAUUGUUAUCUCAGAACAUUCAGAAUAAUAUGGCGUCUACUGGGAUUCAAAGUUCUGCUGGUUUAACAUCUGCUCUACCUCCCGUGUCUGGUUUAGCACAAACAUCUAUCCCCAAUGUUGUUGGCCAGAAUUCUAACAUGCAGAACAUCUCUGGAGUUCCACAGAACUCAGCAGGGAAUUCACUGGGACAAGGGGUGCCCUCCAAUAUGUUUGCCAAUUCUCAGAGACAAAUGCCUAGGCAACAGGUUGUUCCCCAACAGCAGCAGCAACAAUCCCAAAAUCCUACACAAUAUAUGUAUCAGCAGCAGCAAAUACAGCAACAACUUAUGAAGCAAAAAUUCCAGCAAGGAAAUCUUCCCCCUAACAAUCUUGUCCAAUCUCACCUCCAACAACAGCAGCAGCAGCAGCAGCAAAACCUGUUACAGCCGGCUCAAUUGCAAUCUUCUCAGCAAUCUAGUAUGCAAACAUCCUCAGUUAUGCAGCCUUCCUUAAUGCAGUCGGCACCUCUCUCUGGUCUUCAACAGAAUCAACCUUCUACUGUUCAACAAUCGGCGCAAUCCAUGCUUCAACAGCAUCCACAGUCAGUCCUCAGGCAGCAGCAACAGCCACAACAGGCUUCUAGCAUUCAUCAACAGCAAGCAUCAAUGAUGCAGCAGUCACUUCUACCUCAUCAUCAUCAGCAGCAGCAGCAGCAGCAGCUGAUGGGCCAACAACAAAAUGCCACAAAUAUGCAGCAAAAUCAGUUAAUUGGACAACAAAACAAUGUUGGGGACAUGCAGCAGCAACAGCAGAGGCUGUUAGGCCAGCAGAAUAACAUUCAAAAUCUGCAGCAGCAACACCAGCAACACCAGCAGCAGCAGCAGCAGCAGUUAAUGGCUCAGCAAAAUAAUCUCUCGAGUAUGCAUCAACAGCAGUUAGGCUCACAAAGUAAUGUCUCUGGCUUGCAGCAGCAGCAGCAGCAUCUGCUUGGAACCCAGCCUGGCAACUCCGGCAUGCAAACUAAUCAGCAGUCCAUGCACAUGCUGCAACGGCCUAAGGUUCCAUUGCAACAACAAACGCACCAAAGUGCAUCUAACUUGUUGCCCACUCAGGGGCAACAGCCACAGCCACAGCCACAGCUGCCACAGCAGCAAUUGCCAUCACAGAUUCAAUCACAGCCAACACAGUUGCAACAACAGCUGGCUUUGCAACAGCAGUCUAAUACAUUACAACGAGAUAUGCAGGCAGGGCUCCAAGCAUCAAGUCAAGUGCCAUCUUCCUUGACUCAACAACAAAAUGUAAUUGAUCAACAAAAGCAAUUAUAUCAAUCACAAAGACCGCUUCCAGAGACAUCAUCAACAUCACUUGAUUCAACAGCACAGACUGGACAUGCAAAUGCAGUUGAUGUACAAGAGGAAGUUUACCAAAAGAUCAAAGCCAUGAAGGAGAUGUACUUCCCUGAACUAAAUGAAAUGUACCAUAAAAUUGCCACAAAGUUACAGCAACAUGACUCUCUUCCACAACCACCCAAGACAGAGCAACUUGAAAAACUCAGACUAUUUAAGUCCAUGUUAGAGCGCAUAAUAACAUUCUUACAGGUUCCAAAAAGUAGUGUGAUGCCUAGUUUCAGGGAAAAGUUGGGAUCCUAUGAGAAGCAGAUUAUUAAUUUUAUAAAUACAAAUAGACCCAAGAGGCAAAUUACUUCGAUGCAACAAGGACAGCUUUCCCAGCCUCAGAUCCAGCAACCGCAAUCUCAAGUUCCUCAAGUGCAAUCCCACGAAAGUCAAAUGAACCCUCAGAUGCAAUCAAUGAACAUGCAAGGGUCUGUACAGACAAUGCAGCAAAACAACAUGUCAAGUUUGCAGCAAACUCCUCUGCCUUCUUUAUCGGGUGUUUCAUCAUCACAGCAAAGCAUGAUGAGUUCAAUGCAGUCAGCUUCCAAUUUGGAUUCAGUGCAAGGAAAUGUAAUGAGCUCAUUGCAGCAGGGCGGGUUGGGAUCUCACCAACAGAAUCCUGUGAGCUCUGCCCAACAGGCCAAUAUUCCCAAUUUGUCAUCACAAAGUGGGGUGAAUAUGUUGCAGCCAAAUAUUUCUCUCCAAUCAAAUUCCAAUAUGCUUCAACAUCAGCAUUUGAAACAACACCAAGAACAGCAAAUGCUUAAACAACAAUUUCAACAUCGCCAUAUGCAGCAACAUUUAAUACAAAAGCAGCAGAUACUGCAACAGCAACAGCAACAGCAACAACAACAGCAACAGCAACAGCAACAACUGCACCAGCAAUCUAAGCAGCAGUUGCCUGCACAGAUGCAGGCGCAUCAAAUGCCUCAGGUUCAUCAGAUGAAUGAUGUAAAUGACCUUAAGAUUAGACCAGGGAUGGGUGUCAAACCUGGUGUCUUUCAGCAACAUCUGUCAGCUGGGCAGCGCACAACUUAUCCCCAUCAACAGAUGAAACCAGGAGCAUCCUUUCCUAUUUCUUCACCUCAGCUUCUUCAGGCUGCCUCCCCUCAAUUAACACAGCAUUCUUCUCCACAAAUUGAUCAGCAAAAUCUACUGUCAUCUCUCACCAAAACUGGAACCCCUUUGCAGUCUGCCAACUCUCCUUUUGUGGUCCAAUCUCCUUCAACUCCUCUAGCUCCAUCCCCUAUGCCAGGAGAUUCCGAAAAACCUAUAACUGGUAUUUCCUCGCUUUCAAAUGCCGGAAACAUUGGGCAGCAACAGGCAACCGUUGCUCAAGCACCAGUUCCAUCCCUUGCAAUUGGGACUCCAGGGAUAUCAGCCUCACCUUUGCUUGCAGAGUUUACUGGUUCUGAUGUUGGUCUUGCUAAUACUUUGACUACAGCUUCUGGCAAGUCUACUGUUACAGAGCAACCUCUUGAGCGCUUGAUUAAAGCGGUUAAGUCUAUGUCCCCUAAAGCACUAAGUGCAUCUGUCAGCGACAUUGGCUCAGUUGUCAGUAUGAUUGACAGAAUUGCGAGUUCCGCACCAGGUAAUGGAUCUAGAGCUGCAGUUGGCGAGGAUUUGGUGGCAAUGACAAAUUGUCGUCUUCAGGCAAGAAAUUUUAUCACCCAAGAUGGAAUGUCUGGCACAAGGAAAAUGAGGCGCUAUACAAGUGCCAUGCCCUUGAAUGUUGUAUCAUCAGCUAGCAGCAUAAGUGACAGUUUUAAGCAGUUCAAUGGUGCAGAAACAUCUGAGUUGGAGUCAACUGCAACAUCAAGUGUCAAGAGACCUAGACUUGAGGCUAAUCAUGCCCUUUUGGAAGAGAUACGUGAAAUAAAUCAGCGACUUAUAGACACGGUGGUUGAUAUUAGCGAGGAAGAUGUUGACCCAACUGCAGGAGCUGCCACUGCUGGAGGGGGUGAAGGAACCAUUGUCAAGUGCUCUUUCAGUGCUGUAGCUCUCAGUCCAAACUUGAAAUCACAGUAUGCUUCAGCACAAAUGUCACCAAUUCAGCCCCUUAGAUUGCUCGUGCCUACAAAUUAUCCUAAUUGCUCUCCAAUACUAUUAGACAAGUUACCGGUUGAAGUCAGUAAGGAGUACGAGGAUCUUUCAGUAAAGGCCAAGUCAAGGUUUAACAUUUCUCUCCGAAGCCUUUCGCAACCCAUGUCGCUUGGGGAGAUAGCGAGGACCUGGGAUGUUUGUGCCCGUGCAGUAAUUUCUGAGCAUGCACAACAGAGUGGCGGAGGUAGCUUCAGCUCAAAAUAUGGGACUUGGGAAAACUGCUUGAGUGCAGCAUGAUGGUUAUUAGAGUGGAAGUAGUUGGUGGGAGUGUUUUUGAUGAACCCCAAUGGAAGCUUUGGAGAAACUGUUUGUGCCACGAGGAGCGAACAAGCAGUUUUGAAUGGAUUCAAGACGACUAAAUCUCAACAUUCGUGAAGUUUGUCUGGCUGAAGGCUCUUGGGGUCUGUUGUUUGAAAUCUCAACAUUCUGUAGUCUGUAUUCUAGAGUAGUCACUCUGGUGUUUGAAUUAUGAUAUACAUGUCUGUCUAUUAGGUUGAACAAAUAGAGCAUUACACAGAGUGCAUCACUUCUCAUGUGCGAACUGAUGGGACCUCUAUUGGUUCAUGUAUAAAGCUUCAAUUGAAGGAAGUCGAUAAGUGUUUUUGCUUUGGGCAAAAACACAGACUAAUAUAACAGCAAUCUGGCUUGCAUCCCUGUCGCGAUCAGUAGCAUGGCACAUUGCUGUAAUGUACCUUGACUUAUGAAAAACAGAUAUCUAAGUUUCUGAGA